CGUAAUUUCCUCCUUCACAAAUCCCAAACCGCCGGUGCCCUAGCUAUCGACGACUCGGCGGCGACGCGCCUCCCUGGCUCCCUCCCGUCGCUCCUCCUCCCCGACCCACGAACUCCCCCCAAUAGGGCAGAAAGGAAGUUCAAAUUUGCUCCUGAUCCGAGCGCCAAACGCCUAGAUUCCACCACCCAAGCCUCCUCUCCCAAUCCGAUCUGCCGUUCCCUCUUCGAAUCGGCUCCCCCUUCUCGCCGAUUACCGACGAAUCCGAGGCCCUCCUCCUCCUUCGAAUCCAUGGAUCCGCGCGCCAGGUACCCUCCCGGCAUCGGCAACGGCCGCGGCGGGAACCCCAACUACUACAACCGCGGCCCGCCGCUGCAGCAGCAGCACAACCACCACCAGCAGCAGCAGACGUCGGCGCCGCACCACCAGCAGUACGUGCAGCGCCAGCCGCAGCAGCAUCACCACCACAACCACCACCAGCAGCAUCAGCAACAGCAGCAGCAGUGGCUGCGGCGGAAUCAGAUCGCCCGCGAGGCCGCGGGAACCGACAGGAAUAGCGAGCCGAAGGCUGUGGCGCAAUCCCCAGCCGUCGACGGCAUCGAUUCGAGUUCACAAGACUGGAAGGCCCAAUUGAAGCUUCCACCUCAAGAUACACGAUACAGGACAGAGGAUGUUACAGCCACCAAAGGAAAUGAGUUUGAAGACUAUUUUCUCAAGCGUGAACUUCUGAUGGGAAUAUAUGAGAAAGGAUUUGAAAGACCCUCUCCGAUCCAAGAAGAAAGCAUUCCUAUUGCAUUAACUGGUAGUGAUAUUCUAGCCAGAGCAAAAAAUGGAACUGGCAAGACUGCUGCAUUUUGUAUCCCUGCACUAGAAAAGAUUGAUCAAGAGAAAAACGCUAUUCAAGUUGUUAUAUUGGUUCCCACAAGGGAGCUGGCUUUGCAAACGUCACAAGUUUGUAAAGAGCUUGGGAAACAUCUGAAGAUCCAGGUCAUGGUCACCACUGGAGGAACCAGCCUGAAAGAUGAUAUCAUUCGUCUCUAUCAACCUGUCCAUUUACUUGUUGGAACGCCUGGGCGUAUUUUGGACCUUACAAAGAAAGGUAUCUGCAUUUUGAAGGACUGCUCUAUGCUUAUCAUGGAUGAGGCAGACAAGCUUCUCUCUCCUGAGUUCCAGCCUUCCGUGGAACAGCUGAUUCGUUACCUUCCAGCGAGCCGGCAAAUUUUGAUGUUCUCGGCAACGUUCCCUGUGACUGUGAAGGAGUUCAAGGACAAAUACCUGCCUAAACCUUAUGUUAUUAACCUUAUGGAUGAACUUACACUGAAGGGAAUUACACAGUUUUAUGCUUUUGUAGAAGAAAGGCAGAAAGUUCAUUGCCUUAACACUCUCUUUUCCAAGCUUCAAAUCAACCAAUCAAUAAUCUUCUGCAACUCUGUAAAUCGUGUUGAGCUUCUGGCAAAGAAGAUCACGGAGCUUGGUUACUCUUGCUUCUACAUCCAUGCAAAGAUGCUGCAAGACCAUCGUAAUAGAGUUUUCCAUGAUUUCCGUAAUGGGGCAUGCAGGAACCUGGUUUGUACAGAUCUUUUCACAAGGGGAAUUGACAUUCAAGCUGUUAAUGUUGUUAUCAAUUUUGAUUUCCCCAAAACCGCUGAAACAUACCUCCACAGGGUUGGUAGAUCUGGGAGAUUUGGCCAUCUUGGCCUGGCUGUGAAUUUGAUCACCUAUGAGGAUCGGUUUAACUUGUAUAGGAUUGAGCAAGAGCUUGGGACUGAGAUAAAACCAAUUCCUCCUCAGAUUGACCAAGCUAUAUAUUGCCAAUAAUUUGACAGAGUUCCAGCGUGUAUUCACUUUCUCUAAGGGUAAUAAGAAGACAAUUCUUGUAAAUACCAGCUCAUCAGGUUUUAUCAUGGAUCUCCUGUGGCAUAUGGGAACAUUCAUUUUUGGAGUUUUAUUUGAGAUGAGACAGACUACUCUUCCGAUGGACACCUUGUGCUUAUAUCAUUUUGGCUAACUAAAUUCAAACGCCCUCACUGAGGCACACAGUAGUGUAUAUUGCUAGGUGCCUGUUCAUGUGCCUGUCCUGGCCUCUUAGCUCUUAUGAUAAUCUCUCCCCUUCUCUAGAUUUCGUUAUCGGCUAUUUCUCACAGGACAUUUUAACCCUGUUAGUGGUUAACUGGUUGUGGGCUGUGCCAUGUCAGUGCACACAUUCCAGUUGACGUGCCAUCGGGUGUGGACAAGUUCAUCCAACUUGUGCUCUGAACUGUCAAUGAACAGUAAGCAGCACAACAAGCGUCUUCAGAUAUUAGCGAAUAAAUCUGUCGCAAGCCGCGUUUCUGCAUCCGUGCCAUGCAGCUCUUCUCUUGCAUGAGGCUUGUGCCAUUAUGUUUAGAUUCUGCCUCUUAUAAUUGAGUCUAAUGGUUCUACAAACUGAGUUUACCUGUCCUGAGAACUGGGUAAAACAUGUGGUGAGGCACAUGCAACUUGAUAAAUAAAUUUUUUACUUAAGUGAAAUUCUCACUCCUGGUUCA